GAUCCUGAGGUCUCUGUGUACUCUUAAACCAGUUACAGGCUUUUACAAGGAAUCAGAACAAAUGUAUUCAAAUAGCAUCAUAAUUAGAUGUUCUCUGAGGUGUCCCACAUACCCCUGUAGGACUGAUUGGGAAUAAGAUGUCUACAUAUGCAAAAUAUCUUGAAGAAUGGAACUGCAGAGUAAUUUUCUCAGUUAUAUUUAAGAUAAAGCAACUUUUGAGGACACAUAAGUCAUCUGAGUUCUUACAAAGUUAACUCAAAAUUCUCAAUAUAUAUUACUGGAACUCUGAAAAAGUAGUGGGCUGGAGAACCUUUCAUUCAGUAACUGCAAUGGUCCAUCCUAAGAGGGGCACCAGCACAAAUCCAUAUGGAAGAUGAACCUCCUCCUUCUCAAGGAGUCAGUGUCAAGGUUUUGGAAGCAACGUUAUUGUCAGCCCUGAAGAUGCUGGAUGUUGGGAAAUGGCCAAUUUUUUCCCUUUGUUCACAAGAAGAGCUCAAGUUAAUUCGUCAAGCCUGUGUAUUUGGCAGUGCUGGUAAUGAGGUGCUGUAUGUAACUGAAAAUGAUGAGGUUUUUGCGCUUGGCAUGAACUGCAGCGGAUGUUUAGGAACAGGAGACGUCCAAAGCACAAUUGAACCAAAGAGAUUAGAUGUUCUGUGUGGCAAAAAGAUAGCCUGUCUGAGUUAUGGAAGUGGCCCUCAUGUUGUUCUUGCUACUGAAGAAGGAGAAGUGUACACGUGGGGUCACAAUGCUUACAGUCAGUUGGGCAACGGUACAACAAAUCAUGGUUUGGUUCCCUGUCAAGUCUCUACUAACUUGGUGAAUAAGAAAGUCAUUGAAGUUGCUUGUGGCUCCCAUCAUUCUAUGGUGUUAACGUCUGAUGGGGAGGUAUACACGUGGGGUUAUAAUAACUCAGGCCAGGUUGGUUCUGGUUCAACUGCUAAUCAACCAAUUCCUCGAAGAGUUACCAGCUGCCUGCAGAAUAAAGUAGUAGUUAACAUAGCCUGUGGACAGAUGUGCUCUAUGGCUGUGCUGGAAAAUGGAGAGGUCUAUGUCUGGGGUUACAAUGGUAAUGGCCAGCUGGGGCUGGGCAGCAGCGGCAAUCAGCCAACACCAUGCCGAAUAGCAGCUUUGCAAGGCAUUCGUGUACAGCGGGUUGCCUGUGGCUGUGCACAUACAUUAGUGCUAACAGAUGAAGGUCAGAUUUAUGCCUGGGGAGCCAAUUCAUACGGCCAGUUAGGUACCGGGAACAAAAGCAACCAGUCUUACCCUACUGCAGUUACUGUGGAUAAGGACAGAGUUAUAGAGGUUGCAGCCUGCCACUCUGCUCACACUUCAGCUGCCAAGACACAGAGUGGCCAGGUGUACAUGUGGGGCCAGUGCCGCGGCCAGUCUGUGGUCCUUCCCCACCUCACUCACUUUGCCUGCACUGACGAUGUGUUUGCUUGCUUUGCUACCCCUGCUGUUAUGUGGCGUCUUCUCUCAGUAGAGCCUGAUGACCACCUAACAGUAGCCCAGUCACUGAAGAAGGAAUUUGACAACCCUGAAACUGCAGACGUGAAGUUCCUAGUGGAUGGAAAAUACAUCCAUGUUCAUAAAGUUCUUCUCAAAAUUAGGUGUGAACAUUUUCGUUCCAUACUGAAUAAUGAUGAUGAAAUUAUAGAAAUGAAUGAGUUUUCUUAUCCUGUUUACCGAGCCUUCCUGGAGUACCUCUAUACAGACAGUAUUAGGCUUCCUCCUGAAGAUGCAAUAGGUCUCCUAGAUUUGGCCACACUGUAUAGAGAAAACAGAUUGAAAAAGCUUUGCCAGCAAACAAUCAAACAAGGCAUUUGUGAAGAGAACGCGAUCGCUCUUCUUUCUGCUGCUGUCAAAUAUGAAGCUCAGGACUUGGAAGAGUUUUGUUUCAGAUUUUGCAUAAACCACUUAACUGUUGUAACACAAACUCAAGGCUUUGCAGAGAUGGACCACGAUCUCCUGAAAAGCUUCAUUAGCAAAGCAAGCAGAGUGGGAGCAUUCCGAAAUUGAGAGCUGCCCACCACCAAGCUGAAGAGCGCGGCCUCAUUGCUCCUGGGAAUACCUUCUCCACUGGAGGGCUUUGAAGAGAGACUCGGCGUCUGCUGGCUUGGGGAAUGCCUUGAAGUCUGCUGACAUACUGGUUUGAAAAGAUGAGAGCAGCAUAGGCGUGUAGGGAGAGCCAGCAUUCAGAAUCUGACAGCAAAAUCUAACACAGUAACUACCCUUUCCCACUUUAAGUCAAGCAAACUAAGCUGUCAUUACUGUGGCUAUUUUGAGUAUAUUAUUUUUAUGUAAACAACCUGUAACUGGAUUUUAUGGAGCAGUGACAACCUUGCUGCUACAACUUUGAUAGCACACUUCUAUCACCAAACGAAGUUAAUAGGCCAUAGUGGGCUGCUUUGUGCCAGCUUAUGCAGAUUAGGGACGAACUUGGUUUCUGAGCACAUGAAGAAGUGCUAUAAAUUCUUUAGGAUGAGAGGCUGAGUGGUAGGAGGUUUUGUCUCACUGUAUGUUUAUUUGCAGUGUAAAUACCAAAACUGUGAAGAGCUUCAGCUGGAUAUUAGAAUAUGAAGUUGCUGGCCAUUAUGGCCACUGUUUUGGACCAUUAAGAAACCUCUCCGUUACACCAGACACGUUCCCUGGCAUCCCAGUGGGAUGGCAAACAGGAUUUGUCCGGAUGUGAAUUGUGGCACUGUGUGUUUCAGCACUCAGAAAACCAUCUCGUUGCUUAUUAGAAGGAAAAAGAAACCUAAACAAAACCUCAAGGAAAGGGAAGUUCCACUGAGAUUUGCUCAUUGAAUCCUGUUUCACUGCCUGUCCCCCAGUAGGCCAUCUUAUAAAAGUGGAAAAGAAGAUAAGGUGAUAAAAUGGGCCUUAGAAUUAACUCACAAAUGCAGAACUCAGCUACUUCCCACAUGGCAGUAAGGACAGCCUGCUGAGUGUGUUGUUUCAGGUUCUCCUUUGGCAGUGCUGCAGCACCUCUCCAGGUGACACCACCAGUUGUGUUCCGUGCCUGUGUCAGAUGAGACGAGUUGUCUGCUGGCCAUUGAGGCGGGUGGGAUGGCUGAGGCGCAGUAGGUACUUAAUUAAUUUCUAACUGAUUGACAUGUGCUGAGAUAAAAUCCCACCUUGUGUUACACAUAUGAAGGGUUGCCCUCUUACAGAAGAUGCUGAGCUUAUGGAGCAGUUCCUUGGAACUUUAACAGUAAAUUAACUCUGAGAAAUGAUUUCUCUUCACAGAGCAGGAGGGGCAGCUGUAAAUGCCCACUGUGGUAUUGUACAAAACUGGGUGGCCAGGUUCAGUGUGCUGGUCUAUGUCAUGCCACCUUCACUCAGGCUCAUGCCCUGCUAGAGUCCUCUGGUGACUUAUUCCAGGCUUCAAAUGUGAUUUCUAAGAACUUAAUUCCCUUAAAUGAUCUCAGCCUCAUUUCCUCCUUUCUGCAGUGGAAAUUACUGUCCUUGGUCAUAUCAGAGAAUUGUUUCUUAAGCUGUUGUAUUCCUGGAGGAGAAGGAAGAGGAGAAACAGUUUCUCAGAGAAGAGGAGCAAGGAGUUGCUCUCGUCACAUUGGUCUCUGCAGUGGUGAUUGGAUGGGUAAGGCGUGCACUAGGAAUAUGUUGUAUGGCCUACUGCUAACGAGCUUAUUUUGCCAUCCCAUGGUCAUACAGCUUCCUCCAGCAGCACUGAACCUUACUUCAGUUGCUGUGUCAGUAUUUCAUCUUCAAAUAGGACUGGUCAAAACUUUCUACUACAUAUUGCCAUCUCAUCAAAACCACAACUUCCCGGAGGGGAAAAUGAUGUGCUGUGGUAAUCCCGUCUUUAAAAGUACUUGCUGCAGGCACACAGAUGAGGCUGUUCUCAGGUGAGGCACAAGUUCACUGUGCUGUAGCCCAACACUAAUAAUAUCCAGAGAGCAGAUAAAAGGCAACACUGUGAGCCAAGGCUGGGGAGUUCCAACCUGUUUGAUUGAGCCAGGGACAGCAUGAAGUCUCAGUCCUUUGGGCCUGAGAACUGCCAGCAUCACCUGCCAGCAUGGCCUUGGCAGCACGCAGAAUCAGGUGACACUGCUGCAGCCCUGCUUUUGGGUAGCAACUUGCAUGGGCAGAUAGUGAUAGGACGAGGGGAAAACUAAAAGACGUUAGGUGUUAGGAACUUCAGUGUGUCUGACAAAGGUCGUCAUCUUGAGAGAAGGCAUCUCUGCACUGAACGAAGGUGACUGUGGGUGUAUGAUGGCAGCGUUGGCUGUCCCUCACGCCACACGUACCGUUGGUCCUGGAUGUGAUGGCAUUGUAUUCAUAGAGACUGCUGUUUAUUUAUUUGCUAACUUUUGUUUGCAUGCACUUUCCUUGGCACUUAAUGGUCAAUGUUUAAGAAACAUACAGGCGUAAGUGGUUAAACGUGGCUGCGUGUGCGUAGAUGUGCUUAAAACCUUCUUGUGGGACAUCCUGGAAGAAAUGCAAGAUGGAUUUUGCCACUGUACCAUGGUCUGCAAUGGAGUUAAAUUGUGGAUCCUGUAGGGAUCUUUGCUUAAGAAAGGGAAACACAGAGUGGAACUUGCAAGGAAGAGACAAGACAAGAAGCUGAUCGCCUCCAGGUUCAGUUGCUGAAUAGUCAGCACUGCAGUGCUGUGGGUAGUCGUGGUACUGAGUGAGUGAGCUGCUGAGUCACUUCCAUUGGCCUUCCUUGGACAACCAAGAGCUCAGCUGCCCCACAGAGCCGCGACUCGCUGGGUACCUCCUCAUGGUGCAGCCUGAACAUACAAAUAGGUUCUGAUCUCUUGUUUGUUUAUAAACUUGCCCGGGUUUAACAGACCAUUAAUAAAAACACCAUCGUAUUUAAGAAGUGCAA